UGAAUGAGUCAGAUUCCCACUUAAAGGUGUGGGCUCAAAGUCAUAAGAUUUUCUCCCCAUUGUUUGUGGGUGAGGCGGCUCCACCUGCUUACAUCUUUUUGUUUCUCCCCUGAUUUAAAGAGUUCCACACUAUCCGAUUUUUCCAGAGUCAAUGAUAUUUUUGGUAACAUUUAGUCAAGAGGCAGAAGAAAUUGGCAGUUUGAGAAAUCUACAGUAAGAUUAUCAGCCUGUAGAUGCAUUCAUUAUAGGAGUUCAGGGACUCCAAUCGUCAUCUGACCGUUAGAUUCCGGCCGUUUUUAUUAAAAAACAGUUGGGAUUGUUUGAUUAUGUCAGAAAAUCUUCACAAUCCCAGCUCAGGAGCGCCCAAUUCUGUUACAGUGGCGUCUAACAUCAAAUACUUCCAAUCAGUUGUGGUCCAGAAUUCGGGUCUGAAUGGUGGGAAUGCAAGAAUCCAGUCUUUGCCUGAAAAGGAAUAUGGGAAUCCUAGGUUUGGUGAAGUAGCCGGUGGUACCACUGCUGAGUGUGCAGCAGUUAUUUGUUGCCCCUGUGCUCUGCUGAAUUUGGCUGUCCUGGCCUUUGUCAGGUUGCCUGUAAGUCUCUUGAAAAGGGCCUGUAAAAAGGCAAGAAGAAAGAGGAGAAAGGGGAUCAAAGCAGUGCAGGGGAGGGUAACUCAUUAUGAAGACUCUGACACAGAAGAUUCUUCUCUGGCUUCCUCUCAGGAUGAACUGUUGAGUCCCAUACAUAAACUGAAUUCUCUGGUAAUGGAUCGGCCUUAUGUCAGUACUGAGAAAUUUUGGGAAGAUGUUGUGGGCAAGAGUUAUGUGGGCUUUUGGAGAAAUCAUUCUACUAGGGAGUAGAGGCGUUGAUUAUGGUUCAGAGGCUACUUUGAGGGAAAUAUACAAGUUCAGAGCAAGAAGUCUGGAGGGUUUCUUUUUGCCAGACUCCUUGUAUGAUUAUGACGGCAAAUUCUUGCAGAUUUUUGGGAUGAUGUUCCAAUUCCUGAUAGGAGGGGUUUCAGAAUGUUGGAACUGAAUGCAAUAAUACCCUCUAGGACAUUUAUGCACUUGUCCUACUUCAGGAAGUUGGGAUUUCCCUUGCUGAAUUCGGGGCUUGUUUGAGGCCUGUCUCCCUUCUGAUCUCCUGAUGUGAGAAAAUUUAAAAUGGGAUAACUGAGUUUUGGAUUGGAGAUAGCUGAUCUUGAAGAGCAGUAACAUUUUAUGAAGAUAUAUGAUAUAUCACUUGGAAUCAUCGUUUUGUAUUGGGUAUUUGGGAUUCAUGGUUUUGAUAGGAAAUCAUCUAUUUGUAUUGGGUAUUUGGGAUUCAUGAUUUUAAUAAAAUCAUCAAUUUGUAUUGGGUAUUUGGGAUUCGUGGUUUUGAUAGGAAAUCAUCCUUUUGUAUUGGGCAUUUGAGAUUUAUAGUUUUGACAGAUAUAUGGCACCUCAAAAGGGCCUCUGCCCAGAACAGAACUCAAAUUUAGGAUUCAUGAUUUUGACAGGAAAUCAUCCUUUUGUAUUGGAUGUUUGAGAUUCAAGGUUUGACACAUAUUUGGCAUCUGAACAGGGCCUCUGCCCAGAACAAACUCAAAUUUAGGAGGCCUUGUAUUACCAUUCUAUUGAGCACCAGCAGUCAAUCUGUACAUAAACUUUUUGAACAAUUGUUUUCGUAUUGAUUUCUGAAGUUUGAGAUUCAGAACUUUGUUGCA